AUGGCAAAGAUCUCUUCCGUACUAUCCGGUCUUGUUGUGACCCUAGUCAUCGUAUUGGGAUGCAACAUCGAUGAGGUUGCAGCGAGAGACGUGAAGCUAGUGAAACUCCGCGAUGUAAAACCCGAAACUUUGAAAACAUUGAAAAAAGAAGAACAAGUAGAGCUCAUGAAAGGAGAGGCAAAGACCAAGCUUCUAAAAGAGAUCGAGAAGGCGAAUAAAAUGCUCAGAGAGUUGAAAGCGUCCAAGAAGCAAUCAAAAGGUGAUAUGAAAGACGAGUUGGGUUCUUUGGUGAAAUCUGAAGCGCUACUUAAUGAUAUUUCAAGUUCUCUCAAGAGUGGAACGUUCAACGCUAACAAAGCUAACAUUUUUGUUGAGAAAGAAUCAUUUUUCUACAGAGCAUGGAAGGAGAAUGCUUAUCGUUCGAUUGUUCCGGAGAAAGAGAAAGAGUUUAUGAAGACGAUUAAACACAUUGUCAAGUUAUUAAAGAAGACUUAA